CUCUCAUUCUCUCUUUCUCUCUCUCUCUUUCACUCUCUCAUUCUCCCUUUCUCUCUCUCUCUCUCGUUUUCGGUCAUCUUAUCUUUAUAUGCCUCUUCUCUUUCACCUCGUUUUUCUUUUUUGUUUCACCUUCUCAUUAUACCUUGUCUCUUUUUAUCUUCUUGUUGAUUUACAUCCGCUAUAAAAAUUUCAUUUUAACAAAUGUUCGAUGGGUAAAGGAUCGUUCGUUCCCGCCAACGACAUUGGUGCCUCUUGAGAAUACGACAUUAUCCCCACCAUUCAUUAUGACUCUAUAUCUGUGUCACGUGACCCGACUUAUUUCUUACGAUAGGUUGUUGUAUUUCUAGUCUAACAUAACCCUACAACUACUGGUCUACUACACUACAGGUACUAGUAUUUUUAUAUUACAUUUGAUUAUCCAAUUUCGUUCGAAAAUUUUUCGUAGUAAUUAUUAUUUUACUUGAUUAUAUCGUUAAGCGAAAAGCAGUGUUAUUUAUUAAUAAAAUGCUAUACACGUUGACAAUUUUCUUUAUCUUGUUAUGAACAACAGGUUUAACGAGGUUAUACAUGUCGGUGCUUUUAUGUAAUUUGCGUUUAAAAAUUUGUCAAGGUAAACCAUAAAGAUUAUUUUUACGAUUUUAUUUCUAAUCUGUUGUAAUUUAUUGCAAAAGCACAGGGAAUGAUGUUUCAUCAAAUUUAUAUACCAUAUCAUUUAUUUACACCACAAGGCAGAAGAAAGAACGGAGGACCUUGAAAAUUUCAAAUCACGGAUGCACUCAGACUUGUUUCAAAGAUAUUUCCUUGCCAUCAAUCAAGAACUUCAUGGGUUGAGACAUAUCGUUCAUAAUGGAGAUAUGCCUUAUACGUUAAAGGAGGAGUAACAGUACCAAGCAACUUCCCUAAUAAUACUAGUUAGACAAGGAGCAGUCAAGAAUAUUGCAAUGAGAGUCUAGUGAUCAGAAUUAAAAUAAUCAAUGAUAUCACAGUUGAUGUCGACUGUUAAGAUAUUAGUUAUAAAAGAGUCUAUAGCAGUUGAUCUGCAAUUAGCUAAACACAAGAUGAAUGUUGAAAGAUUCUAUAAUUAUGUUUGAUUAUACGAUAAUGUAGAUUUUUCCCAGCUUUGUUACUGUUAUCUGUCUAGGAAUUUCAAAUUUGAUAAAAUAAGUCUCACUCGCGAUAUUAAUGUCGGAACUAAACUUAAAAAUAUUAUUAGCAUAUAACAGCAUAAAAGAGAUUAGUAGGAAUAUUAGGAUGUAAUGGGGAAAUUCAUUGUGACUGUUUACAAUACUCAGAAUUUGUCGUUAGACCAAAUUCAUUACAAAAAAAAAAGAAGAAAUUGACAGUAAUACUACAAACAACCCUAAUGGAAAUUACGACUCUCGUAAGAGCAAAUAUAAAAAUGAGGAUAUUUUGUUUGAAAGAGUGGAAGAGAGAAAGUAAUCUAGGAAUAAACAAAACUGAAGUAAAUAAAAUAAGUGACCCACGGUGUCUUGCCGUUCGUUAAACGUGCGUUUCACGACAAACAUAUAUAUACAUAUCUUAAAUAUAACAAUAUAUAUUGCGGUGACGUGGCGGCACCGCAAGCGACGCUCCGUCGACGCAGAUGUCUGCGUUACCCUGCCGGAACGCACGGCAACGCGGCAUUUUGUUGUUACCGCGCAUCGUUGCGACAGUGCAGAGAAACUUAUCGUAGAGUAUACUUCACCGUGUAAUACUACUUCAUCGCAAGGCAUCAUGGCCGAUGAGAUUAAGAUUGAGAUAUUGAAUUUUUAAUCAAAGAAAUUAGAAAAUAUCGCGAAAUUUUUGACGUUACGAACCUAAGAUUAUCGUGAUAAAAAUAAAAAAGAAAUAAAUAAAUAAAAUUGAAUGACAGUUUGUCAAAAAAUUUUCGAAUAAUUUUGAUGAAAAAAAAGGAGGUCGAAAUAUCUGGAAGAUUCAGAUUCAUUUUCCUAAAUGACGUUAAUAAUUGUAGAAACGGUACGUGAACGUGACGCACGUCUGCAAUGUUCGUUUGCGACAACGCAGCGUGCACGCUACGGCAACGUUGCGUCAAAAUAUCGUUCAUCUGCAUCGAUCCUUAUGUUAGAUUGUGGACGAACGAGCGUUAAGAGGACGUACGUUGUAAAAGUAUAUUGUCGUAUAAUAAAACCGAUUCUAUUACACAUUCUAUUAUAGGAAGUGCGUCACUGUCAACGUACAGUAAAACGUCUGAUAGUUUUAUAUCAAUGUAUUUAUGUUAGAAGUGCUGUGUACACGUACGUCCGUAGAAAACGACGUCCGUCUCAAUGGACCGUUUCAACGUUCGUGUGUCACCAAUUUACGUUGAUGAAAAAUAAACAGACGUUGAAGGUAACCCAUGUUCCUAAUAUUUGGUUUAUACUAUACGAUAAUAUAUGUAUUUUUACAAUGAAUUUCGUUUCAAUAUUCCGUGUGUCUUCAGUCGUAUUUAUCCUAGAACGACGUUGGACACGUCGCGACGCACGUUCUGUAUCGUAUACCCGUGAAUACAGCAAGUCACGCGAACGUACCGACAGUCGUCCGUUGCAUGGCAAUUGUACUGGACAGUUACUACUUUUAUACUUUUUAACUUGUUAUUAGUAACGAAAAACAAAAAAAAAAGAAUUAAGAAGAUGGCAAAUAAUGUUGACACCGAGUUAUUAAUUAGCGAAGUAGAAAAAAGAGGUGUAAUAUGGGAUACCUCUAAUGAGUAUUAUAAGGAUAAGAAUAAAAAAAAUGCAGCGUGGGAUGAAAUAUGUUCUGGUUUAUUAAAAAAUUAUAAAUCAGAAUCUCAAAUGCAGAAAAAAUUAAUUUUACAAGAUAUAAUAUCAAAAUGGAGAUCGAUUAGGGACAAUUAUGUCCGCAGCUUAAAAAAACAGGCCGAGAACUGUAAAUCUUGUUCUGGUACAAAAAGAAUAAAACUAUAUAUUUACGGAAAACAAUUAGCAUUUUUAAAAAAAAAUAAAGAAUUGCAACAUACAGAUGGUAAUUUAGAAGAUAAUAUUCAGAAAGUGAUCCAAUAUAAAGAAAGUAAUGACACGGAAGAGGAUAUUGAAUUAAACGUACAUGGAACAUCCACUUCUACCAGCUCAGUAAUACCAACUAAAAGAAAGCGACCUGAUAUUGAACGGUCAUUGAUGGACUUGAUGUAUAUUAACAUGACGAGAAAGAAUCCAGUUGAAGAGGACGAGGAUUUGGCGUUUUUUUAUUCGUUACUUCCGUCGGUGAAAACUUUAACUGCGGAUCAAAAAUUUACUUUUCGUUUGCAAACAAUGCAAUUUUUGCAAAAUCUCAGAAAUUCAACAUACCAUACAGGACUCUAAUCUUAUGCUUAUCAAUUAAAGUCGAAAAUAAUUUCGACGUGUUCAACUGGUUCGUACUUUUCGUAAUAUUCGUCCAUAAGAAAUUUCAAAGAACAGAUAUUUGUCGUCAGACGGUUCAUAAUUUCGACAUUUAUAUUGAAAUAAUACUUAAUCGUGUAAUAGUUAUUCUUAUCAUUGGUAACUCUAAUAUCUUAUCUCUAAUGAAAAUAAACUUAUUUUAUUAUAAUCGAAAA